CCCCCCCCCCCCCCCUCAUAGUAGUCUGAGUUCGAUAGCUUAGCUAAGCUAGAUAUAUCUAGAGCAAUAGAGACUUUGAAACAGUUCAUAUACAGUCAUCUCUAUAUAUCGAUCAGAGGUAUUAUUGUUCUUUGUGAAAACACAAAGGAAUCAAUAUGAAUGUGUUGGCCUCGGAAUGCAGUAGUGGUUGUGAGUCCGGUUGGACUCUGUACUUAGAGCAAUCUUUUGUUUCUCAACAUCCGAGUGGUUCACAUAGAGGUAAUAGUAAUGGUUUUUGUGAGGAGUAUAAGGAAAAAAGAAUUAGCUAUAGUAAUAAGGAUGAAGAAGAAGAAGAAGAAGACCAGUCAAUGGUUUCUGAUGCUUCUUCUGGGCCUCCUCAUUUCAAUGAAGAUGAGGUUUACUUUGAUGAAAACAAUAAUGGGUAUUUUUGUCCUCCAUCCAAAGAUGUUAGAACAUUGAAGUUUGGAGGUAAAAAGCAGAAGAUCAAAGAAAAGGGUAGAUGUGGUGUUCAAGAUCAACAGCAACAGCAACCAUCUUUUCUAGAUGACACUGCUAGCUCCCCUUUUUUCAACAUUUCCAAGAACAAUUUGAUGGUGUCCAAUAAUCAGGCUUCAGGUGAUAGUGUCCUGGAUUUCUCACAAGGUUUCUCAUCAACUCAUUUUCAGGGCAGAUCUGCAUACCAAGACCACUAUGGUUUCUUACAAUCUACUCUACCUGGAAAUCCACUUCAGGAUCAAAACCAGUGGUUUGAAGGGAAUGAGAUAACAAGAUCUUCAUAUCAUCAAUGAUAUCAUCAGUUGCUGCAUGUGUUAGUGCGGAGGUUGUAAAAGUAGAGAUGGAAUUGGAUCUCAAAAAGGGAUCUUGCUCCUUUUUUUUUUCCCCUUUCUUUCUUUCUUUCUCUCCUUUAACCUGUCAAUGUAUCAAUGCAGUGGGAAACAACCUAAGAGGAGAAGUUAGAAAUAAAUUUUCAUGCUUCCAAAAUUUAAUUCCAUGUCAACUUGUAGUGGUGCAAGUGAGCUGAAACUUUGCUCAGUCCAAGAAAAAAGGAAAAGGAAUAGAAAAGUUGGAACUUUCAUAUA